AUGGCCCCGAAACUGGAGCCACUGCCUGGUCAGGAGGCCAAAGUCGAGAAAUUGGCGGCGGAAUCGCGGAAACCCGAUGUCCUCCACAGACUUGACGAGCUCUCGACCAAGAGGAAGGUCUUGCCGCCCUUGGCGGACUCCAAGCUCCGGAUUCUGAUGCAAGAGUUUCGGAAGUUGGACAAGGACGGUAGUGGAGAGGUCUCAAAAGAUGAAUUGGCAGAGGCACUGCGGAGCUGCUUUCCGGGCGUCAACAUUGAUGAGCUGAUGAUGGUCUUUGACACAGAUAGCAACGGCAAAGUCAGCUACACAGAGUUUGCGCCCUUGUCCAAAGUCAUUUCCACCUUCGGACAGUUUGAUACGGAUUCCAAUGGCUUGAUAUCCCGUGCUGAAUUGAAAGCUGUGCUCACAAGGCUGGAUCCCAAUUUCAAUGAUCAGCAGCUCGACGAGCUCAUGAGUGGCAUUGACUUCGAUCGGAGCGGCAACUUGAACAUAGUGGAAUUUGUGAUGUACGUGGCUGACUUCAGCGAUGAACUCGGCAUUAAAUUGGAGCAGACAGCCGCAAUUCUCGCUGGCGACAAAGAAAAAACUCCUAUCGUUGGCGAAGUGAUUGAGCUCUCUUGA